CAGAGAUGUGGUCAAGGAUUCUUCUGAGUGUUGUGACCUUGAGCUGGAUUGUCGCAGUGUCUUCUGAACUUCAAUAUGUGCUGCUGGUGCCAACCGUGGUGCGGAGCAACUCUCCACAGACUGCUUGUGUGCAGUUUCAGAGUCUCCGUGAGCCUCUGUCUUUGAGUGUUGUUCUGGAAUACAGCAAUAUACAGACAACUCUCUUCGAGGAUUUUGUGACAAAAAAUGAUUAUUUCACGUGCUGCAACUUCAAGGUUCCUCCUGCUACUUCUGAUCCCCUGGCAUUCAUAUCCUUCUCUGCCAAAGGCAACACAGUCAACAUAACUGAGAGAAGAUCAGUGGCGAUUGAGAAUGUGCAUAACACUCUCUUCAUCCAGACAGACAAGCCCAUCUACAAACCAGGGCAAAAAGUAAUGUUUCGUGCGGUCACUUUGGAUAGCCAGUUCAGACCUGUUCAGGAGACAUAUCCCCGAAUCAUCAUUAAGGAUCCACAAAGCAACAGGAUCUUCCAGUGGCAAAAUGUGACAUCAGAGAUUAACAUUGUCCAGUUUGAAUUCCCAUUAGCUGAAGAGCCUAUACUAGGAAACUACAAAAUUAUUGUAACAAAGAAAUCAGGAGAGAAAACAAAUCACUCAUUCCUUGUGGAGGAAUACGUGUUGCCAAAAUUUGAUGUUACAUUCACUGCACCAAAAAGUCUUACAGUCAUGGAUUCAGAAUUGACAGUGAAAAUCUGCGCAGUGUACACCUACGGCCAGCCUGUUGAGGGGAAAGUCCAGCUCAGUGUGUGCAGGGAUUUUGAUUCAUAUGGGAGGUGCAAGAAAAGCCCAGUUUGUCAAUCAUUUACCAAAGAUCUGGAUACAGAUGGCUGCCUCUCCCAAGUUCUCAGCUCCGAGGUUUUUGAACUAAAUCGCAUUGGUUACAAGAGGAAUCUUGAUGUGAAAGCCACUGUCACAGAGAAAGGAACAGGUCUGCAACUUACAGCUACUCAGUCUAUUUCCAUAACUCAAGUGAUGAGCAGUUUACAGUUUGAGAAUGUGGAUCAUCACUACAGAAGAGGAAUUCCUUAUUUUGGACAGAUCAAGCUGGUAGACAAAGACAACUCUCCUAUUUCCAAUAAAGUUAUCCAGCUAUUUGUUAAUAACAAGAAUACAAACAACUUCACCACUGAUGUUAAUGGUUUUGCUUCGUUUAGCAUUGACACAUCCAAAAUGUUUGAUCCUGAGCUUAGUCUGAAAGCAAUAUACAAAACCAGUGACCAGUGCCAUUCUGAAGGCUGGAUAGAGCCUUCCUACCCAGAUGCAUCUCUCUCUGUCCAGCGCUUGUACUCCUGGACUAGCAGUUUUGUGAGGAUUGAUCCACUGUGGAAAGACAUGAGCUGUGGGCAGAAGAGGAUGAUCACUGUGUACUAUAUCUUGAACACAGAAGGAUAUGAGAAUACCAGUAUGGUGAACUUCUACUAUGUGGGCAUGGCAAAAGGCAAGAUUGUCCUCACAGGGGAAAUAAAAGUUAAUAUCCAGGCUGAUCGAAAUGGCACUUUCAUGAUCCCACUUGUGGUCAGUGAGAAAAUGUCUCCAGCCCUUCGGUUGCUUGUAUAUACGUUACACCCUGCCAAGGAGCUGGUAGCAGACAGUGUCCGACUUCCAAUCGAGAAGUGCUUCAAAAACAAGGUCCAGUUGCAAUUCUCUGAAAAGCAGAUGCUCACCACUUCCAAUGUCAGUUUAGAGAUCGAAGCUGCUGCUAAUUCUUUCUGUGCUGUGAGGGCAGUGGAUAAAAGCGUGCUGCUUCUGAAGACUGAGACAGAGUUGUCUGCAGAAACAAUAUACAACUUGCAUCCUAUUCAAGACCUACAAGGCUAUAUAUUCAAUGGAUUCAAUCUAGAAGAUGAUCCGCAAGACCCCUGCAUCUCACCUGAUAACAUCUUUCACAAAGGCUUGUAUUACAGACCUCUAACUUCUGGAUUAGGCCCAGAUGUAUAUCAGUUCCUCAGGGAUAUGGGCAUGAAAUUUUUUACCAACUCAAAGAUUCGUCAACCAGUUGUGUGUACUAGUGGAACAGGAAGACCUCCUUUCUUGAAUGCAGGAUUCACAGCUUCUACGCACCACGUCAAAUUAUCAGCUGAAGUAGCUAGAGAAGAACAUGUGAAGAGAUACAUCCUUGACACUGUUAGGGAAUUCUUCCCUGAAACUUGGAUUUGGGAUAUUGUCCUAAUAAACUCUACUGGAAAAGCUAGUGUCUCAUACACCAUCCCUGACACUGUCACUGAAUGGAAGGCCAGUGCCUUCUGUGUGGAAGAAUUGGCUGGAUUUGGUAUAUCUGUGCCUGCUACCCUGACAGCCUUCCAGCCUUUCUUUGUGGACUUCACCUUGCCAUACUCCAUCAUUCAUGGAGAAGAUUUCCUGCUUAGAGCCAAUGUCUUUAACUACCUCAAUCACUGUAUUAAGAUUAAUGUUUUGCUGUCAGAAUCCCUUGAUUAUCAUGCAAAACUCAUCUCCCCAAAGGAUGAUGGAUGUGUAUGUACCAAAAAAAGAAAGUCCUAUGUCUGGAAUAUUUCCCCCAAAGGAAUUGGCGAAGUAUUAUUCAGCAUUACGGCUGAGACCAAUAACGAUGAAGCUUGUGAAGAAGAAGCACUUAGGAACAUCAGUAUUGACUACAGGGACACCCAGAUCAGGACAUUGUUGAUUGAGCCUGAAGGCAUAAGAAGGGAAGAGACCCAGAACUCCUUGAUCUGCAUGAAAGAUGAUGUCAUUACUCAAGAUGUUGUAAUAGAUCUACCUACAAAUGUGGUAGAAGGAUCACCCAGAGCUUUCUUUUCUGUUGUUGGUGACAUCAUGGGCACUGCCAUGCAGAACAUGCACCAGCUCCUUCUCAUACCAUUUGGCAGUGGGGAACAGAACAUGGUCCUUUUUGCACCAAAUAUCUAUGUACUGGAUUAUCUGGACAAGACAAGACAGCUGAGUGAAAAUGUAAAAUCCAAGACCGUUGGAUACUUAGUGAGUGGCUACCAGAAGCAGCUAUCAUACAAACAUCCUGAUGGGUCCUACAGCACAUUUGGCAUUAGAGAUAAAGAAGGGAACACCUGGCUCACUGCCUUUGUGUACAAAUCAUUUGCAGAAGCUAGUCGCUUCAUAUUUAUUGAUGACAAUGUCCAGGUUCAAACCCUGAUGUGGCUGGCAAGAAAACAGAAGACAGAUGGCUGCUUCCAAAGUGCUGGGAUACUUGUCAACGAUGCCUUGAAGGGAGGAGUAGAUAAUGAGCUGUCGCUUUCUGCCUAUAUCACCAUUGCCUUACUGGAGGCUGGGCAUUCUGUGUCGUACACAGUAAUCCGAAAUGCCUUUUAUUGCCUGGAGACUGCAUCUGAGAAAAAUGUCAGUGACAUUUAUACUCAGGCGCUUGUGACCUAUGCCUUCUGCUUAGCUGGCAAGGCAGAAAUAUGUGAAUCGUUCCUUAGAGAACUACAGAAAUCAGCAAAGGAAGUUGAUGGUUCAAAGUACUGGGAGCAGAAGCAGAGAUCCCCACCUGAAAAAUCCCACCUCUUAGAUCAUGUUCCAUCAACUGAGGUUGAGAUCACCAGCUACGUGCUGUUGGCAUUGCUCUACAAACCAAAUUGCAAUCAAGAGGAUCUCACAAAGGCCUCAGCAAUUGUGCAGUGGAUUAUCAGGCAACAGAAUCCCUACGGAGGUUUCUCUUCCACACAGGACACGGUUGUUGCUCUUCAAGCCCUUGCUGCUUAUGGUGAGGCCACCUAUAAUUCUUUUACACAAAAUGCCAUCAAGAUCACUUCCAAGAACACUUUCGAGAAAGUAUUCACUGUUAAUAAUGAGAACAGGCUCCUCCUGCAACAGACUCCCCUCCCUGAAGUCCCUGGGAAAUACAACUUAAUAGUGAAUGGCACUGGAUGUGUACUUACACAGACAGCACUGAGAUACAACAUACACCUUCCAGAGGGGGCAUUUGGAUUUUCUCUCUCAGUACAGACAUCAAAUGCUUCCUGCCCCCAAGACCAACCAGGAAAAUUUGAUAUUGUACUCAAAAGCAGUUACACAGGGAAGCGCUCUAGCUCCAACAUGGUCAUUAUUGAUGUGAAGAUGCUCUCCGGCUUUGUUCCUGUGAAAUCUUCCCUGGAUAAGCUCAUCGAUACCCAUAGAGUGAUGCAAGUAGAAUACAAGAAAAACCAUGUUCUCCUUUACCUGGAAAAUAUCUUGCAAAAGAGGAGAAAGGAAGUCAUUUUUUCAGUUGAACAGGACUUUGUAGUGACUCAUCCCAAGCCAGCUCCUGUGCAGAUCUAUGAUUACUACGUUACAGAAGAAUAUGCUGUUGCUCAAUACACGUCACUUUGCAGAGAUGUUGUUGCAGAAAUGGGCUAAUGAUAAGUGAAAGUAAGGUAAGUGAAACUCAGGAAAAACAAAAACAAGCAGCAACGAAGGGGAAGCACUGGGGAAGGAAAGUGGAGAGAACAGUUAGUAAAAAGAAAGGUAAGAAGGUGAAAUAUAAAGUAGCAUGAACGGAGGAAUUGGA